GCCGUGGUCUGUUGACUUUAGCUGGAGAUGGUUUUAGCUCGCAGUAAAUGAGCAAAAGGUGCAAUAGGCGCAAAUUUUUAUUGGAAAAAUACGACAUGUUUAGAGAUAUAUAAUACCAAAAUAAGGACAGAAAGAAGAAAAUGUUUGUCGUGAGAAGCUAAAAUAAUUCUCAACUAUUUUUAUCCAGCUAGCUUCGAGGUUAACUCGAUAUCACUUUAGCCAAAUAAAGCUAGCUAGUUUAGCUUGUAACAAUAACUGACCUCGAAAACCAACAGCUCGAGGAGGUACUUGUGCACCGUGUUCUGUGAUAUAUAUGAAGAGAUUAAUGUAGAAUAUUAACGUUUCACUGUGCUUUAAUAAACAGCGCACUCAGGAAAGUAAAACAUUUAGACGAGGUCCGGUCCGAUUCAGUCUCUGAUACCGUGACGUCAUCGGCGGUACCGUGUGAUACCGGGAAUUACUGUUAUCGCUGAGUGAAUUAAGCUUCAGUCAUGUCGAAGGUGGAGCGUCUGAAUGCACGGGUCAGUAAGCUGCUGGCGGCAGCGGUGCAGGAGGUGCUGGAGGCCGUGAGGGAGACGGUGUCCGAGUAUCAGGAGAAAACGGCUCGCACACAGAGGGAGAACGAGAGACUGAGGCGAAAGUUACAAGAGCUGCAGGAGCUCACGUCCAACAGACACGCCGGUGCAGAGGAAGCCGUUAGCCGUAACGCUGCGAAACAGAACGAAUCAGAUUCUUUAAUAACCGGACGAGACAAUGUCACUCAGAAGGACGGUGAGUUCAAGCUGGAGACAGGAAAUGACAAAGGUCAAGCAAACGCAAGUCCUGUGGUUUCCCAUGUCAUGCAAGCGUCUCAGUCUUUCUUUGAAGAUCCAGAGCCAAACGUCCAGACCACUGCAUCGCAAUUCAGCAUACGAGCCAAGGUCUCAGUGUCGGACUAUGUUUCCCAUAAUGCAACACCGCCUGAACAAACAAGGACCGUAUCAGCAGACUUCACCCAGAGUGUGAUCAAAACCGAAGCGGAAAGUGAGGAGUAUCGCGAUUACGCUUUAAUUUACCAAACAGACCAGAUGGCUGCACAGAGCACGUCCUGUGCCGUCGUCCCAUUUGCGCUCAACGGCUCUUUACAGAGACUCAUGACUGAAGACAUGGAGCAGAUCGGCGCCGUUCUAGAUGGCACAGAGGCAAGAGGUGACGAGUUGUUAAACGGUUUAUCAUACCGGAGGAGUGGGUGUGGCUUCCGAAUGCGGCGGGUGGAGAAACGCUUCUGCUGCGCGCUCUGCGGCCGCACCUUCAGCCACGCCGGAGACUUUAAGAAGCACAAGCGCGUGCACACCGGUGAGAAGCCGUACCUGUGUACGCUGUGUGGGAAACGCUUCAGCCAGUCAGGGUACCUGAAGAUCCAUCAGCGGUACCACACAGGAGAGAAACCGUACACCUGCGGCACGUGUGGAAAACGCUUCAGCCACUCAAGCAAUUACAAAAAACACCAGCAGACUCACAUCGCUCAGAGUCUGGGUGCUAAUUUACUUUAAGAGGUGUGUCUGUUUGGGUGUUUGGAGCCGGAUAACAUAUCUGACUGAACGUAACACACGAUGCAAGACUUGAAUGUAGUCACGGUGUAAGAUCUGAUCCCAAGUGGGGUUUUUUUCUGAAUGGUUUUCUGACAGCUUUCCUAACUGACCCUCUCUUCUCCAGAUUAUAACCACGUGAUACAUGCUGACAGUUUUGUUGUAUGAAUAUAUCUAUACACACAAUGAUGUAUUAUGAUUUUGUAAUAAAUUUUUCCUUUUGUUUUCACAGCUAUCUUGUGUGUAAAUUGUGAAUUGAUAAUAAAC